AUUAUUUGUGUUUUUGUUUGUGUAAUGUGAUCGACCGAUUUUUUUUUCUUCUAUUAUCUGUAAAAUGUUUAUGAUAAUUUGGAUUCAAUUUUAAUAAUUCCAUUUAAUCAUCAAUCGUGAUCAUCAUCAUCAUCAUCAUCAUUGUAUUCAUUCAUUUGUGUGUCCCAGAUGUCGAUCAAUUAGCUUCAACUUCAAGUCAUCAUCAUGAUCAUCAAAUAACUAAAUUCAAUCAAGUAUUAAUGAAUGGAAAAAAACUAAUAACACAUUUAAUUACAACAAUUCACACACUCACACAUCAAUAACAAUAAGGGAAUUUUUUUUACUAUACAAUAUAUAACAUUAUAUUAAAAAAAAAUGUUGCUCAGAUCUCCCAUACGAUGGUAUACAUUCCGUAUAAUGAUAUUGACCUCGAUCGUUUGGGUCAUAUUCGGAAUGUGUAUACUAGUCUAUUAUAUGGAAUGUCUUGCCGGAAACGGUGGUAUCAAUUGCCGUAAUAAAAUUAAUAAUGUUGGUGGUGACUAUCAAUCAAAUGGUAUUGGUUCACCUGAACAGCUAUUACUUGUAUCAAAUAGUGAUACGGAAUUUUUAUCCGAUUCAUCCAAAAUGAAUUCAUAUUCUGUCGAUAUUCAUAAUAAUGAUUGGCCACAUUUACGUCUUCCACCUUAUCAAGAAUCUCAGUUACAAUUAUGGUCACCAGCUGAAAUCAAAACCAAUCCAUCAUCAUGGCCUGGAGAAAAUGGUAAAGGUGUCGAAAUACCAAAAGAAGAAGAAGCGGAGAAAAAUGAAAAAUUUAAAUUAAAUCAAUUUAAUAUAUUGGCCAGUGAUAGAAUUGCUUUGAAUCGAACCAUCUCUGAUGUUCGUCUCAAUUCGUGCCGAAGAAAACGAUAUCAAAAACAUUUGCCCACAGCUUCAAUAGUAAUAGUCUUUCAUAAUGAAGCAUGGUCUACAUUAUUACGUACUGUUUAUAGUAUAAUUCGCACAUCUCCAAUAAAUUUACUGAAAGAAAUUAUACUGGUUGAUGAUGCCAGUGAAAGAGAGUAUCUGGGAAAAAAGCUCGAAGAUCAUGUUGCCAAAUUACCUGUACCGGUCAAAGUUCUUCGCACUGGCAAACGUUCAGGCUUAAUACGAGCACGUUUGAUUGGUGCCGAUCAAGUACAUGGUGAAGUGAUCACAUUUUUAGAUGCCCAUUGUGAAUGUACAAAAGGAUGGCUUGAACCAUUACUAUCUCGAAUCGCUGAAGACAGAACCCGAGUAGUAUGUCCAAUAAUCGAUGUGAUUAGUGAUGAAAAUUUCGAAUAUAUAACUGCCUCGGAUAAAACAUGGGGUGGCUUCAAUUGGAAAUUAAAUUUUCGCUGGUAUCAUGUGCCUCAAAGAGAAUUCGAUCGACGUAAUAAUGAUCGAACAUUACCUGUCAGAACACCAACUAUGGCCGGUGGAUUAUUCGCUAUGGAUCGAGACUAUUUCAAUAAAUUAGGUCGAUACGAUGAAGGAAUGGACAUUUGGGGUGGUGAGAAUCUGGAGAUGAGUUUUAGAAUUUGGAUGUGCGGUGGAACAUUGGAGAUUGUCACCUGUUCACAUGUUGGACAUGUUUUUCGUAAAUCGACACCAUACACAUUUCCCGGUGGCACUAGCAACAUUGUCAAUCAUAAUAAUGCACGUCUAGCUGAAGUUUGGAUGGAUGAAUGGAAAGAUUUUUUCUUUGCCAUUAAUCCAGCCGCCAAAAAUAUUGAUAUGGGUGAUACUGCUAAGAGAAAACAACUUCGAAAAGAUUUAAAGUGUAGAGAUUUUCGUUGGUAUCUGGAAAAUAUUUAUCCCGAAAGCCAAAUGCCAUUGAACUAUUAUUCACUGGGCGAGAUACGUAAUGUUGCCACAAACAAAUGCCUAGAUACAUUUGGUAGAAAAAGUGGUGAGAAUAUUGCAUUAUCACCAUGUCAUGGGCUUGGCGGUAAUCAAGUGUUUGCCUAUACCAAACGUGAACAAAUUAUGUCCGAUGACAAUUGUAUGGAUGCUUCCAGUUUAAAUUCACCGAUCAAAUUAAUCCGUUGCCAUGGAAUGGGUGGCAAUCAAGCAUGGCUUUAUAAUAAUUCAACCAAACAAAUUAUUCAUAAAAAAUCUGGUCAUUGUCUUGAGAAUGAAGAAAAAAAAGAUGCUGAUAAUAAUGCAGCCAGUCAGCCAAAACUGAGAAAAUGUAAUUUGAAAAAACGAGGUCAAAAAUGGCUUAUGGUCAGUAAUUUUAAAUGGCAAUCAAAGAAAAAUGUUGAAAAGAAUGAAACGAAUGAUCAAGAUGAUUCGAAUGAAAUUUAAUGAAAAUAUCAACAAACAACAAUAAUUUUUUUUUUCAUCAACAAAUCUGGUCUUUUCUCAUAGCUCUGGUCGUCAAACAUUUUUUUUAAAAAAUAUCAUAAUCACACAUAAAUUGAAGAGAUUGAUUAUUUUCCUUAUUUAUUAUUUAUUUCUGUAUAAUUAUUAUUAAUGUUUUAUCUGAGAUGUUCAUCAGGAAACUUCGUUACAUCGCAUAUCUGUAAAUAUAUGAAAUUUGCUCGACAAUUUUAUCAGUGAAUAUCAGCAUUACAUUCUCGCGAUUUUUUUUUUUGAUUCUGUAAAAAAGAAACGAUUUUUUGUAGCA